CUAGUAAAUCUAUUGUCAAGAUGGGGCGCGGCGGUGGCGUGCCUCCCUCCCGGCCUCCCUCGCAGACGGCGUACUUCGUGGCCCUUGCCGGAGUAGCGCUGCUGUUGCUUAUGCUGUGCUGCUAUUUCCUCUACUUCUGCAUCAAGAAGAUCAAUGAACUGUCGGAGCACGAAUCAUUAUGUGGUGCACCUGCUUCACGCGCUCAAACCACGCCCGCGCGCACCGACGCCUACCCCGUGCAGCCAGGACCACCUUGCAUGGAUACUCCAGCUUAUUUGUGUAUGGUUGCAGUGGUGAGGGACAGUGCAACAGCGAUGGCGAAGUUAUGCAAGGAGCUGCCGAGUGGCGGCGGGCGGGGCACCGUAUUCCCCGCGGCGACGUCGCCCGCGGCCCUGCUGGCGGACACCGGCGCGCGCGGCGGGUCGCUGGCGUCAGGCAGCGACGGCGCCACCCUCAGCGACGAUACCGCCACUACCGGCACUAGCAUGGAGUCCCCCUACCACCCUACCACCCAGGAUCAUUUAGAUUAA